GUGUUUAGGGCCCUCAUGGCUAGAGCCCGCCCUGCACACAAGGCUAUAGAGACAGUGAUGAUUCGUUAGAUCACUCUAAAAUCAAACAAACACAGCACAUGACAGAUGUCACAGCUCAAACAUGAGUUCCCUGGAUAAUCAGAUGGGUGCUAACAGCAAUGACCUGAGACUGGUGUUGGUCGGCCUGAGUGGAGUGGGGAAGAGUGCAGCUGGGAACACCAUUCUGGGCCAAAAGGUGUUUGAUUCCAGAAUCAGUUUCAAAACAGUAACACUGAAGAGUGAGAGACAAGAAGGAGAGGUGUGUGGGAAGAGAGUGAUAGUAGUGGACACUCCAGGUCUGUCCAACAGUGACCUCUCUGAGGAGGAAGUGAGAGGGGAGAUGAACAGGGCCGUGACUCUGUGUGAACCAGGUCCCCAUGCCUUCCUCCUGGUGAUUCAGCUGGGUCGCUUCACAGAACAAGAGAAGAGCGUAAUGAAGACACUCACUGAGCUUUUAUCUGCCAACAUAGAUGGAGACACGAUGGUGCUCUUCACUUAUGGGGAGAGACUGGAAGACACAACUAUAGAUCAGUUCAUCCACGAGGAUAGCAAUCUGAAGAAGCUGGUUAAGAAAUGCAGGGGUGGAUACCACGUGUUCAAAAACAAUGACACCAGCAACAACAAUCAGGUUAGAGAGCUUUUAGAAAAAAUAGAAACCAGACUACAGAAAAAGCAGAAAAGCUGGUCAUGGUACUGGAAAGGGGCAGCUGGUUGCUUUUUCGUCAUUGCAGCAGUGAUGAUAGUAAAAGUGUUGUUAAAAAGGUUACGAACACGUCCCCCACACAUCCCUCCUGUCUCUGCCACCUGUCCUGUCCCUGACAUAGCUCCUCCUGUCCCUGACAUGGUCCCUCAUGUCCCUGACAUGGUCUCUUCUGUCCCUGACAUGGUCUCUCCUGUCCCUGACAUGGUCUCUCCUGUCCCUGACAUGGUCUCUUCUGUCCCUGACAUGGUCUCUCCUGUCCCUGACAUGGUCACUCCUGUCCCUGACAUGGUCUCUUCUGUCCCUGACAUGGUCUCUUCUGUCCCUGACAUGGUCUCUCCUGUCCCUGACAUGGUCUCUUCUGUCCCUGCCACCUGUCCUGUCCCUGACAUGGUCCCUUCUGUCCCUGACAUGGUCUCUUCUGUCCCUGCCACCUGUCCUGUCCCUGACAUGGUCCCUUCUGUCCCUGACAUGGUCUCUUCUCUCACUGACAUCGUCCCUCCUGUUCCUGACAUGAUCCCUCCUGUCCCUGACAUAGUCUCUUCUGUUCCUGACAUGGACCCUCCUGUCCCUGCCACUGUCCCCCCUGUUCGUGAGUCAAUUUGGGAAAUGGUGAAGUCAAACAACAACAUUAUUUUCACAGCGGGAGUAGGACUGACUCUAUUGGUCAUCAUAAGAAAAAUAAUUAGGAAAUAAUGAGAGGUUGGUUGAAUGGGACAUAAUUUCCCACAUCUGUGAGUGCCAAAUUAAAUGAAUGCUACAAUUAUACACGCGUUAACUCUUUUUGACAUUUUAGAACAUUUCUUAUUGAAUGUUAAGAGAAUGGGUGACAGGUUGUAUUUGAAGAAUCACAAUAAAAUAUAAACAUGCGAA